AUAUGCCUCUUCUUGUUUCCGUCGCUGCUCUCUCGCUGGUCUCCACAUCAAUCGGCUCAAGCAAUGGCUGAGAAGGUGCACAAAUUUCCAACUCUCUGAUAUUUCUCUCUCUCCUUUUUUCUUUUUUUUUUUUGAAAAACUAAGAUGUCGAGUCACCGAGAAUCUCAUUGAUGUUUCGUUUUUAGAGAUAAAUAAAGCCGGUGCUUAUUUUUAGCAGUUUUGAACAUAAAUAUUAAAAAUACCACCAUUUACUAACCUAUGCCUGAGGAGAUAUAUAUAAUUAUUAACUUUUCAUAAUUUAAUAGAAUAUCAGAACAAGAGCUUAUUGAAUUUGAAUCUCAUCAGGCUUCUAACUUCAUUUAAUUCCUUGAAUUUAAUUGAAGUGAGAAUACAAAGUGCGAUAUCGGUUUUAACUUUCCUAACAACUGAAUAUUUCACUCCCCACAUCAGCUAUACCAUGCACGCUUGUUGUGCUCAACUGCAUGGAGCUAGCUUAAUUAAUAUGCCAAUCACUUUUGCUCUUGCUGAUCUCCACACUAGUCCUGAAAGUAAACCUGGAAUGCUGCCGCUACUAUAGGAAGAUCAAAAAGGUUCUGUGCAAGCUCCAAAAACGAGAGAAGAUCGAGACCAUCGUAUACGAUGAGAAGAAGAACACCGUCAAAGUUUCCGGCCCUUUCGAUCCCGAGCGCCUCUCAAAGAAGCUGCUUUGCAUGGCCUGCGACGUGAUCAAGGGCAUCGAGAUCCUUNUCCUCCGCCACCCCCUCCUCCCCCUCCACCUCCCCCUCCGCCUCCGCCUCUGCCUCUGCCGCCCCCUCCUCUCCCUCCACCGCCGCCGCCGCCGCCUCCUCCGCCGACAAAGGUGGUGGGGGUGCUGUAUCCUUAUCUGGUGUGGCCGGGGUGCUGCUGGCAGCCGUGCCCGUGCCCGUGUCCGUGGCCGCGGCACGAGCACCGAGGAGGAAUCGGAGGCUACCGGUGCUGCUCGUGCGGGAAGGAAGACAGCGGAUGGUGCCCCCCGCCGAGCUGCGGCCGCUGUGGCGGUGCUGGCGGCUGUCCCUGGUGCGCCGGCGCCGGCGCCGGCUGCACGAUCGUCUGCGAGGAAGACUCCCCGUACGACUGCACCAGGAUGUGACCCAACUUAAUCACUUAACCUUUCACGUACAUAUAUACGCUGUAUGGGAAUGCUUUCAUCCUCUCUUAUUUUCUGUAUAAUAUAAGAAGAAUCUAUUUCGGACAAUCUGAUGCAAGAUGCUGGAGCUGUUGCUGUAAAUAAAGAACUUAAUAUUUUAAAUAUCUUUGAUAUCAA